AUGACUGAGAGUGUCCUAAACAGUCUGGACCUGAAAGAUCUGGAAGAAGUGGAAUUAUGGGAUCUAAUCAACGACAACCGUCAUGCCAUCUCUCUUGGUGUCCGUCCCUGUUUACUCAUCCCUUACCUGCGGCAGGCACGUGUGCUUACAGACCUGGACGAGGAUGAGAUACUCAGCUGUCUCAGACUCACCAACCGCAGUAUGAGGACCAGUUAUAUGCUGGACCUAUUGCGUCUGCAGGGCCGCAAUGGAGCCAUGGCUUUACUCGAGAGUCUGAUGAUCCAUUACCCCACUCUUUACACGAAGAUAACCGGCCGCCAGCCCAGCAUUGAGCCUUCAGGCUUCAGUGGCCUGAUAAAGUACACUGAGUUGACAGAGUACUUGGUUCGUGCGGUGAGCAGUAUGCAGACAGAGCUGCAGGAGGCGCGACACGAGGCUGUGCGACUGCAAACCCGAUGCAGUGAGCUGGAGGGGAAACUGGGGCAGGCACAACAGAAUGUUGAAGAGUACAGCCAUAUGCAGGGAGAGCUUGAGCGACUGCGCAGUCAGCUGGCAGGUUUACACAGAGACUGGCUAAAACAGAAAGAUGAGAAGUAUGAUCUGUAUGUCAGAUACACCACAGCUGUGGAGGAGAAGUCUGCGUCCAGUGUAUGCAACAGAGACCUGCAUCUGCAGGUUUACCAGCUACAAUGUGAAUUAAGGAAGGCUCAGAAAGAGACAGAAUUCCAGAGGCAGUGUUCCUUAAGAAAUAAUUCUCCUAGUGACACACAGCGGCUCCAGGAAGAGGUCAACGCUCUACGUGCAAAGUUAAUUGUGCUUGAGAAAUUCUCCCCGGCAUGCCAAGAUAUCCUGGCUCAUGAUCUGAAGGAGGCCAGAGACAGACGUUCAGAACUAGCUGAGGAGGUUAGUAGACUCAGAGAGGAGAAUGAACGACUCCAGCAGGAGAAAGAGGAGCUCCUGGAACAGAAGGACUGUUUGACCCUGGAGGUGGAGAAGUUGACUGUGGACUGUGAGAUGUACCAGCACAAGAGCGCACUGUUCCAGAGUCAGCUGGGAGAAGUCCAGGCUGAGAGAGACAGGGCAUAUUUGUCCCGUGAUGAGGCACAAGCCCACAUUGCAUGUAGUCUCACGGAGAAGGACACACUGAGAGGCCAACUCAUGGAGCUACAGGAGAAGGUGUUCACCAUGAACACCUAUAGCAGACAAAGAGAGGAAAGAGAAAAAUCCAAGGACAGGAUAUUCAGUUGGGAGAGCAGCAGAGACUCAUGCAGUGAGUGCCCCCCAUGCAGCCCCCAAGCCAGAGCUCAACAACAUGCCCUUCACCCUGAGUGUUACCACUUAAAUGACACCUCUGAGUUCAGUGAUGAAGGAAUCAGCAAUGUGCGUUCCAGUCAAGUGGAGCCUCCCUGUUCUGAAUCUCUCUGCAGACGAGAGUUAGAUUUCCCCUUCAGCAAUGACAGCCAUCAGGAGCUGAUAGAUGACUCUUCCCGCAGGAAAGGCUGGCACAAUGAUUUUGCUUUCAAUCAUGGAGAUGAUGAUGAUGAGCCAAAAUCAUCAGAAUCUCUUCUCUGCCAUUCUGACAGUGUCUCCAGAAAAUCAGCCCCACCCUUCCUAAUGCGCUCCAGACAUCAGGCCCUGCGUAUCACCGGUCGUGUGAUCAACAUCUCUGUCCAUGGAGAAAUGCUUUUGAACCAGCUACAGGUCAUCGGGGGAAAUAAGACUGGGGUGUUUGUGUAUCAUGUGACUGAAGGAUCAUCAGCUCAUACCGCUGGCAUCAGCCCUGGAACUCAGAUACUCCAGCUGAGGUAUGAGCGGGAGCAGAGAGCUGUACAGAUGGUUCUGGAAGAUACCACAAUGGAGGAAGCUCUGUGGGCCCUGGGGCAAGUCCAGGGACUUUGCCACAUUACACUGAGACCCAGCCAGGAUGCCUACGAGAAUCUGGUGCAGCAGCUAAAGAGCGGUGAGGUAAUGUCGGGUGAUUCAUUUUAUGUCCGUGUGAACAUGACUUUGGCCGGGGAUGUGGCUGGAAAUCUGGCGGUCAAGUGUAACGACAUAAUACAUGUGACAAACACUCACUAUGGCAACGACGGCUCCUGGUGGGGCAGUCAAGUGCACACCUGCCAACUGAUGGACCUGAAGAGUGGCACUUUGCCCAACUACUACAGAGCACAGAGGCUGUUAAUCAGAGCUAUAGAGGUUUUGACCUACCCUUGCAGAACACACAGAAAGGUGGAGAGAGCAACAGCGCAUGAGAAACAGAGAGCAGUGAGGAUCGUCAGCACUGGUCAGCAGAACAGAAACCCAUUGUGGGUCAGUGCGGAGGAGGACAACAGUACAGCUCAAGAGAGUAAUGGCAGUAUGCCCAGAAGAUGUGUGACCCUGAUGCCCUAUACCCUGGUCACACCUCAUUUCCCGCCUGUCUGCCGCCCAGUCCUCCUCCUUCCCACAAUCCUUGGCCGAAUCCUGCACAAACGAUUGGCAGAGCAGGAGGGUUAUCAGCUCUGUGAGUCAGAGUUGCUGAUAGCAAGUGAGCAUGCUGUUCGAAUGCAGAAGGGGGAGAUUCUUGAGGAGUGUGACUCGAAAUCACACCGUUGCUAUACGACGCAGGGGGUGGACAAGAUCAUGAAACGGGGCAUUCACUGUGUGUUACCACUGGGUUUGGACUGUGUGCGUCGCCUCCACCGUGCCGAAAUAUUCCCCAUCAUCAUCUUUAUCAUUUCAACGGAGAGGAGUGUCCGCAGACUCAGACAGAAACUACGGCAGAAUUCAAUUACUGAGUCUCAGCUGCUGGAGUGUUCCAGCAAUGAGGAACCUCUUCUGGAUAAACUGCCCUGCCUUUACCACAGCAUUCUUCCAGAGAGCUGGCAUGACAGUGCCACCCUUGUGGACAAUCUGAAAACUGUGGUGACAGAGGAGCAGAAUAAGAUUGUGUGGGUGGAGUCGGAUCUCUGGUGAGAGUUGGAGACAAUGCGUUCAGGUAGUCUAAAUUCCCUUACCACAGGGACCAAUUAAGAAUGUUAGAGAUAAACUAACAUCACAUUCUGUGUAUUCAGAGCAAAAAAUGGUGGUCUGUUACAUAGCUAAAUGUGGAGUGCUGCCUUAUUGUAAACUGUUAAACUAUGGUUAUGGUGCACUAUAAGUUUGGUUACACUUUACUGUAAGGUUCCAUUUGUUAACAUUAGUUAACUACAUUAGUUAACAUGAAAAGGUUUUAAAGGUGCAUGUUAUGCUUUAUUUACCAUAUCCCUUGAGGGACAUUUAAAUUAUUUAAUAUGCUAACAUGUUCGUUUGGCAAAACUGAUUAAUAUCUUACUGGAUUUCAGAGUGACCGUGUGUGUAUGGAACAACCUGAGGAAUUUUGUUCACCAUCAUGAGCUAGUUGAAAUUAUAAAUUACUUUUGAGACCAACAGAGCACAAAAUCCAGUUGAUCUUAUACUUAAUAGUACUGUUUAAACUAGUCUCAGAGAUUAAGAGGUCUUUGUUCAGUUCAAGAGAAAUACAAACAAGAUGUCAUUACUGUACAGAAAUGCAAAGAAUGAGGAUACAGAGCACUGCCAGAGUAAUUUCCCCUCAAGCCUUGUAUCUAAUCUCAACCACUCUGCCUACAUUCUCCCAGACCAAACUGGUCAAACUGGUCACACAUUUUGAAAUGUUUAUACACGUUAGUUGACACGUUAUUUUUGUGAAACAAAAAGUGAGCACUGAGAUCAGUGACGUGAAAACAGACAGUUUAAAACUGAUGAGUAACUAUCGUAUAGUGAAGAUGAUACAUAUUACAAUGUUUUUGUUUCUUCUAGUUCAAAUAAAAUCCUAUGACAUCUUUCUUAUGACAUUCUGUUAUACAGUACUUAU